AUGGCUUUUGUUCUGCUCCUAGUAACUAUCCGCAGGAGACUUCUGCACUCGGAAUCCUUGCUCUGUUUUCUAAUCUAUACUAUCGUCAUUAGUCCUAUGAAAUUCUUCUUCCAAGCCAUCAGAUAUUUGCCGGACUUUUCUUUAUGGUACCUUAUAGCAUCUUAUGGGCUAUAUCGGCUCGGUAAGAGUGUACGCAUAUAUGGUAAUGAGCAUUCUAGGGCCAAUGACGCUUCUAGAAUUAGCAAUCAUUUUAUCGCUACGGGAUCUUUCCUGUCCGAUUUACUCCUCAAGCACUAA